UCUUGCCUCCCGACGUCUUGUGAUUGGACAGUUGCUGUAAGAUCUAGCCAAUCACUCCACAUGAGGUGGGACUUGUCAGAAAAGGGGUUGGGUAAAAUAGCACAGCUUGAACCGGAUUGGACCUUUCAAUUAUUAGGGUUGGACCGGACGUGCGGUUAAACGAUAUUCCAGCUGUCAUUCUAACACUUCCGGAUGCCUUUUACCGGCUAAAAGAUUUGUUGUUUAAAUCUGUCCGCGCAUUCUGGGAUCAAGCGGUGAAAUGUUGAGCAUUUUUGUUUUUGUAUCUGUAAAUCUUAGCACAUGUCGGUCAGUCACUUGCAGACAGAUACUUCCGCAUGAGAUAUGAUGGCAUUAAGGAUUAAAGCUAGUUUCAUUAUUUCAUGUCAGGUAGGCUAAUUGAUUUAUCAUAACAAAAACUAUACUCAUCACACAGAAAAGGCAAUGUCUGGAUCACAAACAAACAAGAUGAACAAGAAACAAUGAAGGAAAUCAAUCUUUUACUAUAGACGAUGCUGUAAAUAAGAACACCUAGACUAAGAACACUGUGAUGUCAGUAAUGCUAUUCAGUGAGUUAUUUACUACAGAGACCAUAUGCUACGCUCUCUUCAGUCUGGUGAAGCACCAUAUGGCCCGGGCGUCUCUUUUAGUCCUCUCACAAUCCGAUUAACCUGUUGAAUAAACCAGUCGGUCUCUUUUCUAGUAUUCGUGUUAUUUCCUCUUUGAAGUUAAUCGAUAGACGGACUCUGUAAUCGCGGUUUAUAUUAACAGACGGAGAGUUGAUAGACUUGACGCUAUGAUCACGUGCCAUGGCUAGAAGACUCGAGCUCGGAUAGAGCAGAACUUCGGUGUCAUGGAGGAUGCUCAGUCCAGACCCCUCCCAGCGCCCUCCACUCACUCUCAGAGGACUGAGGAUGCAGCCUGCGGCUUGGGAAAUCAUGCUGAACAGCAUCACCUUACUGUCAGUCAGACAGUCCUGGUGGUUCCAAAGCGCUCCGAGAGCCCCAGUCCAAGUAUGACUGAAGAGACGAUCUAUGUCCCUCGACUGGUGUCUUCAGUUGAUGCUUGUACUAACACAGACCCUCCGUACAAAUGCUGCCCAUGGCUGCGCAGACUAUGUCCGUGUCCACCCAGAGGCCUGCUAGCUACCAUUAUCACCAAAGUGUCCAUGGCUGCAGUGCUCUUUGGGGUUGUGUGGUCCAUUACAGAGAAGGAAUGUCUUCCUGGCGGCAACCUUUUUGGCAUCGUGACCUUGUUUAUUUGUUCUGUAGCCGGGGGAAAGCUGUUUGGAUGCAUACGCUUCCCAAAUGUGCCACCUUUACCUCCACUACUUGGCAUGCUGCUGGCAGGGUUCAUCCUCAGAAACAUCCCUGUGGUGACAGAUGCAAUUUACAUUGAUGUUAGAUGGUCUGCUUCUCUGAGGAACAUCGCACUGGGUGUUAUUCUGGUCAAGGCUGGGCUGGAAUUAGAUGGCAAGGCUCUGAAGAAGCUGAAAGCUGUGUGUUUGCGUUUGUCCAUGUGCCCUCUCACUUGCGAGGCAACCACUAUGGCUGUGAUCUCCUAUUUAAUACUGGGUCUUCCAUGGGUCUGGGGCUUUAUUUUAGGGUUUGUUCUUGGGGCCGUUUCUCCAGCUGUUGUGGUUCCGUCAAUGCUGCUUCUGCAUAAGGAAGGAUACGGUUUAGAGCAGGGUAUACCUACUCUUCUCAUGGCAGCAUGCAGCGUUGAUGACAUCAUUGCCAUUACCUGCUUCACCACCUGCUUGGGUAUAGCCUUUUCAACAGGCACCGUGUGGUUAAAUGUGCUGAGGGGACCGCUGGAGGUAUUAGGUGGCGCUGCCGCUGGUGUGGCUUUAGGGUACUUUCUACGUUACUUCCCCAGCAGAGACCAGGGAAAUCUCGUACUGAAGCGUUCCUUCCUGUUGUUGGGGCUGGCCGUGUUUGCUUUGUUUGGCUGUAACGUGGCUGGGAUUCCUGGCGCAGGAGGUCUCUGUGCGCUGGUGCUGACGUUUGUGGCUGGAAUAGGCUGGGGGAAAGCUAAGGCUCCAGUGGAAGCGGUGGUGGAGAGGUUUUGGCACGUGUUCCAGCCCCUUCUCUUUGGUCUCAUCGGUGCGGAGGUUAUCAUUACAUCUUUGGAGGUCACGACUGUGUUUCUGGGUAUAGCAGCCCUGUUCAUCGCACUCACGGUACGCCUGCUUAUCACUUUUGUUGUGGUACUGCGAGCCGGCUUUAACCUGAAAGAGAAAGUCUUCAUCGCUCUAGCCUGGAUGCCUAAAGCAACAGUACAGGCUGCCAUAGGCUCUACAGCUCUGGACAUGGCGCGCUCCAAGAAUGACCUUGAGCUGCAGAAGUACGGCAUGGACGUCCUCACUGUGGCUGUGCUGUCCAUUCUCAUCACUGCUCCUAUUGGAGCGCUCCUCAUCAGUCUACUCGGUCCUCGACUCCUGCGGAAACCAAAGAACCCUGAGUGGGCUGUCAGUCAAGGCGCUUUAUCUGCAUCAGAGACCCCGAUGACAUUCGAGAGUGCCCUGUGAUGUGUCUGGAAUGCAUCUGGGAAGUGACAACCCGACAUCCAAGGCUGCUGAUUAUCCUUUUGGUUUUCAAACUGAAUUCUCAAACUCAUUGCUGCGAGCCACUGAAGUCAGACUGCAAAAGUGGCAGAUGCUUUUCAAAUGAAGGAACCCAACUCUCAUUUUUUACCUUCCAAGGUGGAUGAAAACACUAUUAUUUUUUUCUAACUGGCUUAUGUUUGUGUUGAUAGUAUUUCUUGGAAAAGAUAUAUAUAUAUUACAGAUGAGUC